CUAUAGCUCUAACUUUCAUUCUGACGCAAACCAUCUUACUCACAAUGUCAUAUUAUGGGUUUUGUGCCAUCUCAAUCGCUGUAUUAGCAAAUACACACUUGCGAAGCGUUCGUGCUGACUGCUACUCCAGAGAUGGCGUUUUGGCAAGGGAUUCCGCAGUAUACGCCGGCCCAGAACUCCUGUCCUGCGGUAAAGGUACAAACAACUGCUGUCUUUCUGGUGAAAAAUAUACUAGAGCCCACGGCCUGGCCAUCACCUCCUGCGGGAAAAAUAUUUACUGCCACAGUCCGUUGGAUACUUGUUGCACAACCGGCCCAACAUACUUCAUCGAUCCUAUGACAGGGGAGCUCAAGAAUACCAGUGAGGCCGACUCAGAUGCUUCGCCGACCUUUUGGUCAAUCGAUAGUGCGAUUCUACUUGCUACAUCUUCUGCAAUGGAUCUACAGCCCACAAACUCUAUUCCCACUACUUCAUCCCCUGCCAUUUCUGCUGGGACUAGUACAACACUUCCGAGCUCUGAAUUAACACCACCUCCAUCCACUUCCCUGUCUCCCGGCGCAAGUGCGGGGAUCGGCGUAGGAUGUGGAGUCGCAGUCAUUGCAUCAGGCAUCCUUGCGUGGCUGCUUAUCCGUCGCCGCAAGUCCAAGGCGCAGGAAAUGUUGGAUUAUAGCACUAAUGUGCUGCCAGAGCACCAGACGAGUCUAGUGGCAGAUGAUAAGUUUCCCCAGAUGAGUUAUGUGCAGCCACAUGGCGAGCAUUAUGCAAGGCAUGAAUUGGAUGAGGGGCGACCGAGGGCAGAAUUGCACACGACCGUUAUGAGUAAUGCUGCUCGUUCGCACUAAAGGGGUUUUUUUUUUACUUUUUUAUUAUACAUAGUAGAUCUGAUCUUUGUUAGGUAGCAGUAUUAGCUUCGCUAAUCCAAAUACAUCAUGCGAUCUUGAUGGUGGGAUUAAAUGCCGCAAUCAUAUCGAAUGCUCUACGCACGAUUAAUACAUUCUGUUCGUUGUAUAAGAUUGUCGCCUCAUAAGGCAUUUUUUCUAGAAAUCUUGCUGCUAGGUAGGCUAGGUAGGCUAGGUGUGAUAAUUGAGAGAGUGACAAAUAAACACAAAGGGAA